AUCUCUUAAACACAUAAUGUUUGUUGUAGUCUACCUGGAAUGUCUAAUCUUCUGGCAACAACUUGGCAUAGGUCAACAUGUGACUUGGACAUACACACAUUCAUGCACACACAAGACUACUGUGCACUGCUGAAUAUUGGUCAUUUUAUGGCUUAUAUGUAAUCUGUAUUGUGUGAAAAGCAGAUCGCUGUCAGAGCAGCAUGUCUUGUCCAAGCUGUUCCUGGCAUCUGUUUUCUAUGCAGAAAAAAACCUUAUGACAUUAACCACCUUUCCACUUACGUCAAAGGAAACUGAUCAGUUUGUGGGUUCUCAGUUUUUAAGCACUUCUCAACAACAUGCACUCAAAGGGAUAUGCAUGCACACAGAGUCUCUGACUCUAGUAGUUAGGUUCAAGAAUACUUCUGGCAAGAGGAACCAAGUGGAUUUUACACUUUUGAUUUUGAUAUUUGCACUUGCAUAUGAUUUAGGGGCAACCUACUACCUGGAAGUGUUCACAGCAAGAAAUUUAAACAACUGAAGACGACUUCAUGCUCACAGAGAAGCUUCUCAGAUCUCUCUUUUAGCUGUACCAGAAACCCACUACUGUGUAAAACAACCAGUUGGCAGUGGCCUGUGAUGGGAGUCGUUCCCAGUCGGAGGAAGGACAUUACAGUGGAGCCAAGGCCACAGCCAAACACACUGAACAACCAGUCUCUCAACUCCAACUUUGUUCUUACACCACCAGAUACAAAUCCCUCUAUAGCAGUGGCAGUGUGCAAUUUCCCUUCUGGGCAAGCAGAGCCAAUACUCCGGAUGGGAGAGCAGCUGAAGUUGCUGUCUGAAAAGGGUGAAUGGUGGAAAGUGGAAUCGGCUGUGACUGGCAAGAGCUGCUGUAUUCCCAGCAAUCACAUAGCUAAAAUUUCUCACAGAUGGCUUUAUGAGGGCAUCAGCCGUGCAAAAGCUGAAGAGUUGUUGCUGCUGCCUUAUAACCGUGAAGGCUCUUUCCUGAUAAGAGAAAGCCAAAUGAGGAAAGGUUGCUACUCCUUGUCAAUCAGACACACAAAUCAUGCUUCCUGGGAUUGUGUGAAACACUAUCGUAUUAACCGCUUAGAGAAUGGCUGGCUUUACAUCUCUCCCAGUCUCACCUUCCCAAGCCUACACGAGCUGGUAGACUCUUAUUCUGAAACUGGGGAUGGCUUGUGUUGUUGCUUAAAGGAGCCAUGUUUCAUUCAAGGAUCUGCUUCAGAUUUCUGCCACAGCCUUUCCAACCCAAAAGUAGUGAGCAAGCCAGCUCUUAACUGGCAAGAGAUCAACAGCUCUGACCUGUUGACGGAAGGUCCACUACCAGAAGACUCUCCUAUCAGCCUCGGCCUGCGUGAAUCUGUGACAACUUAUCUAUUAAUGACUGAAAACCAGCCCUUAGAUGAUACACUUGGGCAGAAGAGAUCCAGAAAUACUUGAGAUUGUUAGUAUUAACUUCUGGGACAUGAAACUUGAACAUAAGACUUUUUAAUAUUAUCCCCUUGAUGCAAUAUGAACUUACUCUAAGAAGCAGUGACCCUUCAACCCCAGAAAGUCACCCUGUACACUUUUUCACUCUUUUUAAAACUACUGUCGAUUCUGGCUUCUAUUCAGAUAGACUAUGUAUAUUUAUGUGCAUGUCUUUAUGUCUGUUACUCCUUCAAAAAUUUGUACCAAGUUGGUGUGAACAUGACCAGAGAAACGUACAAUGAAUUUCCUUAAUUUAAAUUUCAUAGAAUCAAAGUUGUAAAAAAUUACAAGGGCCAUCCAGCCCAACUCCCUACCAUCAAAGAAUGCAUACUCAAAUCACUCCUGACAGAUGGACAUCCACCCACUCCCAAGAAUGAGACUUGAGGACACUCCAAGGCAGCAUAUUGCACCGCUGAACAGCUUUUACCGCCAGGAAGCGUUUUUGCAAUGUUUAGGUGGAAUCUUUUUUCCUGCACCUUUGAAUGUUACUCCAUAUGCUAUGCUCUAGAGCAGCAGAAAGCAAGCUUUCCCCCUCCUCAAUAUGACAUCAUUUUAAAUAUUUAAACAUGGCUAUCAUGUUCCCUGCCAACUUUCUUUGCUCCAAGCUAAACAUAUCUAGCUCCCUCAGCUGUUGCUCAGUUUGGCCUCCAAACCUUUGAUCGUUUUGGUUGCCCUUCUCUGCACAUCUUCUAGCUUGUCAAUAUCCUUCUUGAAUUGUGGUGCCCAGAACUGGACCCAGUAUUUUUCCAGGUGAGGCCAGCACAAAGCAGAAUAGAGUGGGACUAUGACAUCCCUCAAUCUAGACCAGACAUGGGCAAACUUUGGCCCUCCAGGUAUUUUCGACUUCAACUCCCACAAUUCCUAACAGCUGGUAGAAUUGUGGGAGUUGAAGUUCAAAACACCUGGAGGGCUGAAGUUUGCCCAUGCCUGAAUUAAGAUGACAAUGUCCCAAAAACUUGUUUCCUUGUUCUAUAUGGAAUUUCUUUAUCCCUAUGGAAUUAAACAAAGGCUGUCAAUAUGAUUUUAAAAAUACACAAAGACUAAUUCAAACUAAGUGCCUACUACUCUAAAGCUAUUGAUAAUAUCCACAGAAGUAGAAAUUACUAGUCUGCUUUCAACAAUCCUGCCUCUUACCUGCAACAUUUAACUAAAUCGCAUGCAAGGAAGUUCGAAAGAACAUUGGACAAAACAUAUGUAUAAAAUUGUAGUUUGGGUGGUAUGUGGUGAAUUUCACCUUGACCUCUCAAUCCCCACUUAGUGGACAGUAGUGGCUGCAAUUGAGGUUUUGUUCCCCUUCUGCUCAGGAAGCAGUUGGCUGCCAUUUCCACCUUCUCCUCUGAACAAUCCCCAUUCUGAGCGCCCAAAACAGCAUUGCUGCUGCAAAUUUCCCCUCAUACUAGAGAUCUCUCUGAAGUGUGAAUAGAAACGGUAGUUAGCUGCUUCCUGUUGAUCACAGCAGCGGCUGCCUGUUACGUGUAUAUUGGAAGACUUUCUCCUAAAUGAGGGGAGACGAAGGCAUUAAGAAUAAACACGAGUCAUGAGCAUCUGUGACUGUCAUACAA